AUGAAGCCCUUCAUCUGCAAAGUGACAGGCGUCUUUUUCAGCUACGCGGCCUGGGCGCUGGGCAUCAUCCUGGCCCGCAGCCAGUCCUGGCGCAUGUGGGAGUUUAAAGGCAGCUCCAUUUCCAUGGUGUUCAUAGGGCUUUGGGAAGCGUCGUAUUUCCAGACAUUUAAUAUCUCUGGCUCCCUGAUUGAGUUGCCGGUUCACGCCAAGAUCAACCAGAGCUGGGUCAUUCCGGAGGAGAUCCGCUACGGACAGGACAUGAUCUUGCUGGCCAACACGAUGAAGUCCGUGGUGCUGGUGUUCGGCUCCCUGGCGCUGCUCAUCAACUGGGUCAACAGCCAGUACGCAGAGUUCCUCCGCACCUACUACAAGCUCUCAGCCUGCUUCCUUCUCGUGAGCUGCGCUUCCACCGUGAGCUCUGUGAUCUGGAACUUCUCCGUGGACACCUACGGCCAGAGCACCCUGCAGUUCCCGCGCCACUUCCCCGUUCGUACAGAAAUGAUCGUGAAGAGACACUUUUCCUACACGCUGCCCCUGGGCAUCACGACCGGAAGCAUCUCUCUGGUCAGCGCCAGCUUGUUCCUCUCUGAAUUCUGUUACGUCAAACAGACGGCUCAAGUGAGACCUCUGGAGGCAGUGCCCAAGCAGCUGCCCAGAGAGGCGCCCGCCUUCGGGGCUGGCUGUCUGGAAGGAAACCCCACGCCCACACAAUAG